AUGGCGGCGUCUUCUGUUGCACGAUCCGCAACAACCCCUUUCCCACUAAACUUCGUAUCGAAACCCUCGCAGUCCGAUCACUUUCCCAAAACAGCUUUAAACUUCGACCCUCGGUUCAAACCCUGUCGCAUCGCCCUGGCCCUGGCCUCUCUUCGCUCAGACGACAACGAUCGCAGCAGAAACGGCGGCCACGGCCACAACCACCUGGUUGGAGGUGCUCUCGAAUUGGACAGCAGCGCCUUGGAGGACUUCCCCUACGACGUCGUAUCGAAAGACUUGCAUACUCUCCCAAGACCUUUGUCAUCGACCCAUCUCUCCAAUUCGGUCUCUGAUGGCCCCCGCCUUCGUGUUGCAUAUCAGGGGGUUCGUGGAGCAUAUAGUGAAUCAGCUGCGGAGAAAGCAUAUCCAAACUGCGAAGCAGUGCCUUGUGAACAAUUUGAUACCGCUUUUGAAGCUGUUGAACGAUGGCUUGUGGACAGAGCAGUCUUACCAAUUGAGAAUUCAUUAGGUGGAAGCAUCCACAGAAACUACGACCUUUUACUCAGGCACAGGUUGCAUAUAGUAGGGGAAGUGAAACUUGCAGUUCGGCAUUGCUUACUGGCUAAUCAUGGUGUUGAAGUGGAAGACCUGAAAAGGGUUCUUAGCCAUCCACAGGCUCUUUCUCAGUGUGAGCACACAUUAACCAAGUUGGGAUUGGUCCGAGAAGCGGUGGAUGAUACUGCUGGUGCAGCAAAGCAUGUUGCUUUCCACAAACUAAAAGAUACAGGAGCUGUUGCUAGCUCAGCAGCUGCAGACAUUUAUGGUCUGACGAUACUUGCACAGGAUAUUCAGGAUGAUUGUGACAAUGUGACCCGGUUUCUAAUGCUUGCAAGAGAACCUAUUAUUCCCGGCACAGAUAGGCCAUUCAAGACGAGUAUAGUUUUCUCACUAGAGGAAGGCCCUGGGGUCCUUUUUAAGGCGCUUGCUGUUUUUGCUUUGCGUCAAAUCAAUCUCACAAAGAUUGAAAGCCGUCCCUUGCGGAAGCAACCGCUGCGAGCGUCUGAUGAUAAUAAUGGCAGAUACUUUGACUAUCUUUUUUAUGUGGAUUUUGAAGCAUCAAUGGCUGAUCAAAGUGCACAAAAUGCCCUUAGGCAUCUGAAGGAAUUCGCCACAUUCUUGCGGGUGCUAGGGAGUUAUCCGAUGGAUAGAAGCAUGAUAUGA